GGUUCAUGCUAUUUUCAACGAAGAGAACCUCUCCUCUCAUCGAUUCAGAUCAAUCAGACAGACCCUUUCUCUCUCUCCACAAAUACACCAAAACCCACGUCAAAUCCCCACAAAUCUCGCCGACCCAUUCGAUAAUCUCACACUCUGAAGUCACCAGCUUUGGUUUUCUGCACCGAUCAAGAACCAUAUUGCUUCUCUGUAUGCAACUAUGCAUUAAUUUCUUUUUCUUGGUACCGUAUUUACUGGCUUUGUUUGCUUAUUCUUGUUCUCACUUCACCGUUACUGGGUCUAAUGCAAGUGAACAUAGAGAAAUGGACGUAAAUUUUGCCUGUGUCCGUGUGGUGGUGACAUGCAGUGUCUGGGCACGUUGGUGAGAGAGGCUUUGGGUGGUGGAAAUGGCGAAUCCGGUGGUGAAGGUCAGGCGGGAGACAAUUGCGGCGUGCAUGACUUGUCCUUUAUGCAAGAAGCUCUUCAGAGAUGCCACUACAAUAUCUGAAUGCCUUCAUACGUUUUGCAGGAGGUGCAUAUAUAAUAAGAUUUCAGACGAGGAAAUAGAAUGCUGUCCAAUAUGCAAUACGGAUCUGGGAUGUGUUCCACUGGAGAAAUUAAGGCCGGACCACAGUUUGCAAGAUGUAAGGGCCAAGAUUUUCCCUUUCAAAAGAAGGAAGGUGAAUGCACCUGAAGUUGCGCCUUCAACUACAUUACCAGCUAGAAGAAAGGAGAGAUCACUCUCGUCAUUGGUGGUCAGCACUCCCAGAGUGUCAACCCAGGCUAGCAUGACUGGGAGAAGAUCAAGAGCUGUUGCAAGAAAAGCUUCUGCUUUACAAGGCUCCAGGUUUUCCAUUGAGAAACCCAUUAAAAAGGAGGGUGAUUCUGUGGAAGAUCAUCCUGAGAGUUCAAGUUCACCAGAGACAUCAAACAAGUUUCUGCAGAAUACUGGGCAGAGUUCUUCCCCUGGUGAGCCUAGCCAAUCCACCUCCAUUAAAGAAACAGAGAAUGAUGUGGAACCAUGGGACGCAAAAUUGGAUCUCUGGAAACCUUUAAACUGUCUGGUGGAAGUUGCAAAUAGGACUAAAUCUUUCAAGUCUAAUUCACAGGGGUCUGAUGCUAAGUUAGAAACUAUGCAAGCCAAUGAAAGCGAAGGUCGAGUGCGAAAAUCCAAAAUUAAGGAAGUUAAACGCAAAUUGAAAGUUGAGGAUGAAAAGAAUAUCACUGAACCUGCCUCUUCAGAAACAGUAAAACCCAAAAUGUUACGAAGGGUUCGCCGGAAAAGGGAACAUGCUUUUGGAGAAUCAUGCAUUUCACCCCAAGCUGUGCUGGAUGCUGCUGGUAAACAUGAAAGAAGACUUGGUCCAGUUUGGUUCUCUCUAGUAGCUUCCGAAGACCAGGAAGGAAGUACACCCUUGGCACAAGUUCCUGCAAGUUACUUAAGAAUAAAGGAUGGAAAUAUGCCUGUUUCAUUUAUACAAAAGUACCUGAUGAGGAAACUGGAACUCACCAGCGAAGCCGAGGUUGAGAUCAAAUGCAUGGGACAACCAGUUGUCCCCACCUUGCGAUUAUAUACUUUAGUUGAUUCGUGGCUAAAAACGACGGCAACAUCGGAGCGAGUUCCGGCAUCCAUUGGGUCCUCAGCAAAGGAUUUUGUGAUGGUGCUGGCCUAUGCUCGAAAGGUUUCAGACCCUUGAUCAUGGUUUUCUCCAUCUGCUGCCCCUUGACAUCUUCCAUAAUCUAAAUAUACUCCUUAGAAUCUCCAUGUAGAAUAGGACUUUCUGAUCCGGCAUGUAUGUUAUGAGUAAUUUGUAUUCUAGAAUUGGUUCCUUCACCAUAAACUGCCAGCCAGGGCACUCAGGAGUCAGGAUAGGAGGGGAGAAAUAAGCUACUAUAGAGAGCCACUCGCACAAAUUGUUACCCAUGUUGAAAUAAUCAGUGUCCCCUAGACUAUGGCAUGGCCUGCUGGUUGGCUGUAGUAUGAUCAAGAGGUCCACUCUUCAAGUUUAUGGAUUUAUUUUUCUAAUUACUGCAUUAUUAUUACACACCACGUUGUACAACCCUUUUAAGUUGAAAUUAUUUUUUUUCUGAUGCACA